UCGUGAGCGUCCAUGCGAGGCCAGGGAGAGAGGGAGGAGGUUCCGGCACGCCCCCCUCGCCGUCAGCGCCGUCAGUCGCUCCGCUUGCUCCUCCGUCAGCAGCUCAAGGCGCAGUCGAGCAAGAUGGCGGCCGCCUUCAGGAAGUUCUUUCGCUCAGGGGAGAAGCUGGUGGAGCCGCAGUACCAAGCGGCGAGGGGCCAGAACAGCGGGAACGGCAGCGCGCGAAGCCAGGGCAGCGCCGGCAGGGGGCAGAGCACCGGGAGCGGCAGGGGCCAGACGGCGGGGGCAUGGGGGCAGGCCACGGGAGCCUCGGCUGACCUGACAGGGGGCGCCGUGCACAACAACCUCAGCUCUCCCUCGUCGGCCCGGAGGUUCUUCUCGCGCCACACGUACCUGGAGGGCAGCCGCGUGGGGCCUGCCGAAGGCGUGGUGGCGCAACACAGCCCCAAGACCAACCGCGCCAAGAACUCGUCCCCGUCCUCGGCCUCGACGGCGUCUUCGUCGGCGGCCUCCAACUCCUCGUCGUCCGGGGGCAUCUUCAAGAAGUCCCCGACGACGGGGCUCAUCAACGAGUCCACGACGAAGCACAUGAAGAUGGUGAGAACGAGGAGGCUCAUGAAGGAGUACCAGGAGCUGACGAGGGUCCAGCAGCUCAGCAAAGACCCCGUGUUUACAGUCGACCUCGUCAAUGACUGCUUGUACGAGUGGAAGGUCAAACUACUCCGCGUGGAUUCCGACUCGGAGCUGUACAGGGACAUGCAGGAGUUAGGGAUUCACCAUAUCCUCCUUUCCCUUAGUUUCCCUGAGAACUUUCCCUUCCAUCCGCCUUUCCUACGCGUGCUCUCUCCCCGGCUGGAAAAGGGCUUCGUGAUGGAGGGCGGAGCUAUAUGCAUGGAGCUCCUCACCCCCCGGGGAUGGGCGUCCGCGUACACCGUCGAAGCCGUCAUCAUGCAGUUCGCAGCCAGCCUCGUUAAAGGACAGGGCCGAAUAUCCCGCAAACAAAAGACGCCGAAGGAAUUCAACAAGAGGUCAGCUGAAUCUGCCUUCCGCUCGCUGGUCAAAACACACGAGAAGUAUGGUUGGGUCACCCCACCGCUCUCCGAGGGCUAACCCAGGUGAAGGAACCAGAGAUCAAGAAAGCCACAUUCCAUCCGCUUCCCAUCCGAUCCACCAUGAAUCCAGGGGCAAAGAAACAGAAAAUAAAGAAAAAGAAAAAGGGGAAAAAAAAGAAGAAGAAAAGAAAUCGACUUUAAUCUAUAAAAAAGGGAAAGGAAAUCUACCUUUUAAUCUCCAACCGGCAACUCAACUUCC